AUGAAGUGCCCCAUUCACAAUCCAUUUCCAAUUCCACAUGAGUGGUAUCAGCCAGGUGACAUCAUUAUUGGUGGGAUUGCUUCUCAGAUCUGUUAUGUUUUCUAUGAAGAUUUCUUCAAGGUUCACCCUUCACAGAAUAUGUUUGAACUUCCACAUAUGAUGACAAAAUUCUACCAGCAUGUCCUUGCCUUAGCAUUUGCUGUAGAAGAGGUAAACAAGAACCCCAAGAUAUUAUCCAAUGUCACACUUGGGUUCCAUAUCUAUGACAGCUAUUUUGAUGCAAGGAUGACCUAUCGUACCACACUCGACUUGCUCUUCAAAUCACAUCAUUUCAUCCUGAACUACAAAUGUGACCCUCAGAAAAACCUCAUAGCCAUCAUCGGGGGACUUAGCUAUGACACUUCUUUCCAUAUGGCUGACACCAUAUCCCUCUACAAGAUUCCACAGCUCACUUAUGGUUCCUUUCCCACUGAAGAGGAGAGUGAAACAAGUGACAUCGCGUCCUUCUACCGCACAGUGCCUAAUGAAGCCCACCAAUACAUGGGGAUUAUCAACCUGCUUAAGUAUUUUGGAUGGACAUGGGUUGGACUCUUUGUUGUUGAUGAUGAGAGUGGACAAAAUUUCCUGCAGACCAUGGAACCUUUGCUUUCCCAAAAUGGAAUGUGUUCAGCCUUUACACAAAAGCUCCCCAAACUCCCCCGUUUUGAUAUGUGGAAUGAAUUGUGUGAUGCAUUGUCGAGUCAUUAUACAGAUCUUACAGAUUCCAAAGCCAAUGCAAUUAUUGUCUAUGGAGAAUCUAUGGCAACUAUAUGGGUGACCGCUAAUGUCAUUCUGCGAGAUCCUGAAAAUGUGAACAGAUCAUCAUUUAGAAAGGUUUGGAUCAUAACAACUCAGGUAGAUUUCAUAUUGUUGGGGGUUCAAAGGACUUGGGAUCUUGAUCUCUUCCAAGGUGCCAUUUGCUUCACAAUUCAUUCAAAAACAAUUAUAGGGUUCAAGGAAUUUCUUCAGAGCAUAAAAAUGGGUGGCAGAGACGGAGAUGGUUUUCUGAGGGACUUCUGGGAGCAAGCAUUUGACUGUACUUUUCCAAACCCCAGUGUCCUCAUGGACAUCAGUGAACAAUGUACUGGUGAGGAGCGACUGGAGAACCUUCCAGAUCCUCUUUUUGAAAAGCGCAUGACUGGACACAGCUACAGUAUCUACAAUGCUGUGCAUGUGGUAGCUCAUGCUUUACAUGACAUUUAUUUAACUAGGUCCUGGCACAGAAAAAGGAGGGGUCAUAAAAUAUUCAAACUUCAAGAACUGCAGGCUUGGCAGCUCCACCCUUUUCUUGGUGAUAUUUCCUUUAACAACUCAGCUGGAGAAUCCAUGGCCUUCACUGCUAAAAGGGAAAUGGAAGGUGGAUUUGACAUCAUGAACAUGGUCACAUUCCCAAACAGGUCCUUCCUCCGAAUUAAAGUUGGGCAGGUGGAUGACCAUUCUCAUGAAGGAAAGAAAUUCAUCAUUCAUGAGGACAUGAUCAUGUGGCACAAAGGUUUUAACCAGGUCACUCCAAUUUCUCUUUGUAAUGAGCACUGCCGCCCUGGUUAUCAGAAGAAAAGGAAAGAAGGAAAACAUUUUUGCUGUUAUGAUUGUGCUGCAUGUCCAGAAGGCAAGAUUUCAAACCAAAAUGAUAUGGAUGACUGUUUCAGAUGCCCAGAAGAUCAAUAUCCCAACAAGAACAAAAAUGGAUGCCUCUCCAAAACUCUAAACUUCAUAUCAAAUGAAGAACCAUCAGGGAUCAGUUUAGUCUCAAUUGUUUUGUUUUUUUCCAUUGUUACAACUUUAGUGUUUAGUACUUUUGUGAAGCACAAAGAUACUCCCAUUGUGAAAGCCAACAACCGGGCCCUCACCUACACUCUCCUCAUCUCCCUUCUGUUCUGCUUCCUCUCUACUUUUCUAUUCCUUGGGAAACCUGGGAUAGCGACUUGUCUUCUGAGACAAACUACCUUUGGCAUGAUCUUCUCUGUGGCAGUUUCUUGCAUCUUGGCCAAAACUGUCACUGUUGUUGUAGCUUUCAUGGCCACUAAGCCAGGGUCAAACAUAAAGAAAUGGGUGGGGAAAAGAUUGGCCUUCUCCAUUGUCCUUUCCUCUUGUCUUAUUCAAGCAAAUAUUUGUACUUUGUGGUUGGCAACUACUCCCCCAUAUCCUGAUUUAGAUAUGCACUCUGUGACCACAGAAAUCAUUCUGCAAUGUAAUGAAGGGUCUGUUGCCAUGUUUUAUUGUGUCUUGGGCUACAUGGGCCUCUUGGCCAUUGCCAGCUUCAUUGUGGCAUUUCUGGCCCGCAGAUUACCUGACAGUUUUAAUGAAGCAAAAUUCAUUACCUUCAGCAUGUUGCUCUUCUGCAGUGUUUGGCUGUCCUUUGUCCCAACUUACCUGAGCACCAAAGGGAAAUACAUGGUAGCUGUGGAGAUCUUCUCCAUUUUGGCCUCCAGUGCUGGGUUAUUGGGCUGUAUCUUUGCUCCUAAAUGCUACAUCAUUUUGCUGAGGCCUCAGCUAAACAGUAGAGAACAAUUAAUAAGGAAAAGGAUAUAA